UCAUUCCUAUUAUUUUGGUUUUCAAUUGUUCGGUAUUUUCUUUUUAAGCUUCCAUAUCCAUCACACAACAGCAUAUCACCACUUAAAUCCACAUUCUGACACUCUACACAAAUAAUACAGCAGACAGAGAAUUAAUGCCCUCGAGAAUCUCGGUUGAACUAUCGCCCCCCUCGGCCACUAACUCGCUGGCCAUAUUGGCCAAUCCUGGUUCUACUAUCACAAACGGCGACAACGUCUAUCCUCUUCAAAAGCCGAUUAGUCUUGUACCCAUAUCAACAAGUCCUCCUGGAGUGUCCGGGAUGGAUAAUGCCACUUUGAGCCAUCCAACCGCCUCUCCUUGCUCCAGCUCACCGUCAGUGUCGUCGUCUCCUUCAUCAUCAACACUCUCGCUCCCUGUAUCAGCCUUGGCAGACAGCAACAAAGACAAGGGCAAGGGUAAAGCAAAGGCAAAUGACGACAACGAGGUGGACAACAACAGCCUCUCUACUAUCGAUGUUAUAGACAGGGACAGAGCGUUGUUUUGUACAGGAUCGCAAGCCAAUCAGAAUCACGUUUACGCUUGUGCCACCCAGUCAUCAGACGUAUUUCUUCCCAUGAACAACAAUACAAGCAAUGAAGUGUAUCAACAACAACAAAACGGCGUCCAUCUAAAUUCUCAAGAACCACAUUCACCACAUUCAGCUCUUCUUUUCUCGUCUUCUAUCCAUCAGGAACAACAAGAUAAACAUGAUGCACAACAAAUAGAUACAGUGGGAGCUGAUAAAGGGAAUGGGAAAGGGAAAGGGAAAGGGAAAGCCCCAAUGGAUGUAUUUGAUGACAAAAGCAAGAGUAUUGCCCUAAAUAACGGCAAUAGCAAUACUGAUAUCUACUGCGACCAAGACUUAGUACAACCCAGCACUAAUUCGUUUACUGGCCAACAUCCGGCUCACAUUGGCGCUAUAGCAUCUGCACAUGUACGGCCUAAUGCAGCUACAGAAUCGACAGCAGCUAGCUCUCCAACUAGAUCUAACCUCUAUGCCCAUUCUACUACAAGAUCAUCCAACUCAUCCUCGCUCACCUCAUUGUCCUCAGUCGAGGAAGGAGUUGAGUAUUUCAAGAUCAAGGCAGGCAGCGCUGCGGAACAACACUCUUCCUCCUCAGCUUCUAAAGCCAUAACAGACUUGCCAAGCACAGAAGCAUUCCAGAAGAGGAAAUCUUUCCGUUCAGCUUCCAUAUCCAUGGCUGGCUCUGGUUCUGGCUCUGGACCAAGUUCGUCGCACCCUCGUAUCUUCUCAACGUCAGCUCAAUGCUCGUACCCGAACGGUGCUAGUAGCAGCAGCAGCGGCAGCAGCAACCACGCUGUCAUUAAUUCUGGAUCCGGUUCAAGCUCAAAGCCUAUCCUAAACCGUGCAUUGACUGGCCCAGCUACUUUUCAACACUCGUUUGCAAUUUCGGGCACAUCCUCAUCUGUUGCUCCACCUAUGCCUAGCCCAUCUAUUCCUGGAUAUGAUGAAGUGAGUGAGGUUCAGGACUUUAGUCAUUUGGGCUACGAUGCUCUCCCAGCCGACUUUGAUUUUGGUGAUUUACCCUUUUACGAUACGGACCCACGUACAGGCACCAUUUACGGUGAUCCAUAUGGUAUUACACGGCCGUAUCUUAAUCCAGCGGUACAUUUUGAUCUCUAUCAACUGAUACACGACAAGAGUGAUCCUCGUAAAACCAAUAUUUUCAACAAGUAUGGCGCGUUACUGUACUGCCAUCCCGGUCGACACAUUGGACAGGAGCAGGAUUCGUUGAGAUCUUUGAUAAACAACCAGCCUAUCUGGACCAUGGCAGGACGCACUUCUACUUGGGGCACGCUGACCGCCACAGAGAUGGCAACUAAACGACAGAUUAAGUUGGUGAUGGAGAGUAACAAGAAGAAAGCUGGCGGCGAAUCGAAUGAACCUCUUGCAAGGUUCGUUUUUCGAUGGAAGGAGGAUGACUUUGUGGUUGAGUACAGGAAGCAAAAAGAUCAGUACAGGAUCACCUGCUCACAAAUGUGUGGGGGCGAAUCCAAAUGGAAGCCGCCGCAGCCUAAACAUACCCAGACCAUGUUCCAUGGCAUGGGAAUGGAGUCUGCAGGCAUUCCACAUAUUGCCAGCACCAUUGGUACGCCAUCUCCAUUUGAUCCGACUCGGUACCUCCAAUUGGUUUCUGAAUACCGAUUAAACUCAGGCCCAGUGCAGAAACGAGGAGAUUUUGAGCUAUAUAACCCAGAUACAUUCCCAGCAGAAUUCAGGACAUUCUUGAUGUUGGUCUCAAUUGUUGUUUUGGAUAUAAUGCGCCCAGUAGAUGAUAAGGCAUUCUAUAAGGAAUUUCCGGAAGCAAUGCAUCUCAAGUCCAAGGUGAAAAAUCCUGGAGGGAUUCGUUCCGCAAUUGGUGGAGGUGGAGUGGGUGGUGGUAUUCCUAUAACAAAUGCUCAUCCCUCGGAAUCCAGCGCAGGAGCCAAGGUCGAGGGGGGUUCUCAUUCUAAACUGAGCUCUACAUCUUCUUUGGAUGUAAAUCACAACAAGAAUAGCAAUAUCACCAGCUCUGCUGGCUUGAAGUCUGCAGUAGGAGCAGUCGUUGAUGUUGGUCCACCAACCCCACCGACUAUGACAAGAAGCACAACCCUCAAGCCAUCUGAUACUUCAGCAUUCCCUACUGUUACUAACUCUAAUACCCCUCCUCCUCCCACAACUCUGAUCCGAGCCAAGACAGAGAUGCCGCUAGCUCCUGUCAAGAAGUCACGAUGGGGAAGCUUUUUCAAGAAGUGAAAUUGCUUUUUUAGCGGAACAAAAUAGCUAUAAACUCGUAUCAUCUUUUCAUUUAUCUCUCCUUAUGCUAUACCC